AUGUCGCGUCUACUGCAUCUUCUUGCAGCCUCUUGUUUACCGUUAGCCUCAGGUUCAACCUGCUUGUCGUGUGACGUGCCGAAUGCCAAGUCACUGCGCUUCUGCUCCGCUUUUGUCACGUUUUCCGCCUGUCGUCGCGGAGGGUCGUGGCAAGACAUGGAUGUAACUGCCCAGGAACAGUAUGACGAGGUGAUCAAGAGCAGCGUCUUCUCGACAGAAGUUGAUAAAACUUGUGCAACAACGUUGAAACAACUUCAGUGCCUUGGAGUCUUUGGUGUCUGUGAGAUGGGAACACCCGAGACUUUGUGUCAGGGGAGCUGCAGAAGUGCUGUUGAAACGGACUGCUCAUCGACGGUAUCAAAGUCGAUGCUGCCAAAGGUUCAGCUGGCAGUUUGUGGAGAUGAAAAGGAUUCACUGGAAGGUGUAAGCAACGAUGGAAAGUGCUUUACUACAAAGUAUGACGGACCGGAAAAAGACAUUUGGAUCAUUGGCUUCAUCAUUGCAGUGAUUUUUUCCUUCUUGGCAAGUGUCGGGAUCAACUUGCAGAAGAAGGCACUGAAACAGAACGAGCUAGCAGCGAUGCCGAAACCACCGUAUCGACUGCCGUUGUGGCUGUUUGGGUUCAUGCUUUGUCUGGUAGGAUCCAUCUUGGACUUUGUGGCGUUUGGUCUGGCACCGCAGAGUCUACUGGCUCCACUGGCGGCGUUGACACUCGUGUGGAACAUGAUGCUUGCGCCGUGUUUUAACAAGGAGAAACUCAGCAGAAAGGAUUUGGUUUCGACGCUGGUGAUUUUUGUAGGUGCUACCAUCGCCGUGGUCUUUGCGUCCCAUUCGUCACCGUCGUACAACUUGGACAUGUUGAUGCAGCUUUACAGGGACCCACUUACAAUCGUCUACUUCUGCGUGGUUUUCCUAGUGCUUGCUAUCCACUUUGCUACUGUCAAGAUUGUGGAUAGACUGAGCUUACUAAGCAACCAGCACCGGAUCAUUCGAGUUGGCUCGCCAGCCGUAUGGGCGACAUUACGCCUCAUGGGUUAUGCUGGUCUUGCGGGUACGCUAGGAGGUCAAUCUAUAUUGUUUGCCAAGUCGUCAGCUGAGCUACUCAAAGGCGUGUUCAAAGGAGAUACCAGCUGUUUCGUGCGCUACCAAACCUACAUCAUUGUGCUGGCACUGGUGAUUUGUUUGUGCCUUCAGAUCAAGUAUCUGAAUGAUGGACUUGUUCACUACGACGCGCUGUCGAUGGUUCCUAUUUACCAAGCGUAUUGGAUCAUUAGCGGUGUCUUGGGCGGCGUUAUCUACUUUCAAGAAAUUCGCACCUUCUCAGUGUUGCAAGUAGUCAUGUUUGUGCUGGGAAUCUGCAUCAGCAUUUUCGGUGUUGUUCUCCUCUCACGUCGCAAGCAUGCUCCAUCCAUUGUAUCCAGUCAACGCAACGAAGAGCAAGGAUCCAGCUUCACUUCAUCGUCGGCGUGGCAGUCAAUCGUCUCUGCAAGCUCAGAUAUUUGCUUGGCACACAACUCAGAAAGCGUAUCGAAAAAUGCUCUUGUUGUGGAGAAACCAGCAUCGCGUUGUGUAAAGACUUCCCGGCAGUCUCUUUCCACUGUUAUCAAUGCUCCUGAUGGACGAGCUACAAUUGCAGACUUUGACGGUGGUGGCAAUGACCAAGACCAACCUAGUCACGAUGAAACGUCAGAGCACGUCAAUCGACAAGCGAUUGACAAUUAUCUGAACUUGUCCACGACCGUAGGUCUGUCGGAAAUUCUAAGUGGUCUGGGCUUUUCGCGCUCGCACAACGGCGACUUGGGCAGCUGGAGCGAUUCGACUCGUCCCGUACGACUGUGCGCUCGUCGAAGCGUGGAUGACAUCGAAGUUGGGUUACCAGCUGCUUCUCGUCCAGCCGUUUCACAGAGUUGGCGCCAUUCGAUUACGCUGUCCGGUUCCAGCUCGGCCUCGACUGAGAACGAGAAGGUCAGGGAGAUUUUGCCGUCCAAGGGUGUGAUGUAA